UCUCCCCUGGGGCAAUUUAGAUUUCAAGCAAAGAUAACAAUUAAAAAUGAUCAAGACUUUAAACAGGAAAAAAAUGCUGAGCUAAAUUUCCAUACUUCGUAACUCUUAUUAGUUUAAUAAAUAGUAUUAGUACUCAAAAGAAUUUCAGAUGCGAGGUAAAUGACGUUUUAUCCCUUCCCUACUCUAGUCGGGUUUCGUUGUCAUACUAAAGUGUGCUUUGGGACUGGCGCGGCAAUAUUCGUCUGUGGGUGAGCUUCUUCGUGGUGUUUGCAGAGUGUUUGUUGAAAGAUUUCGCUUUCUUCGUUUCAUAGUAUGCCUUUUAAAUACGGCAUUCCGUAGGUAGCCUAGGUGAAAGAACUAGAAACAAUAACUAAUCAUGUCCAAUGGAAAUGACUCCCUAAAACUCUCCUUGGCUUACACUGGAUGUUUCAAGACUUUCAAUACUGCUUCGUGUGUGAGGGAUAGCUGUUUAACAAUACUGGCAAUCAUCACCUGUCUUGUGUGUGCAGUUAAGCUUUACAAGCUUCACUCUCAUCGACAUUCUCUGCUGAAUCAGUAUGUCAUAUUCUAUAGUGGAAUUGUGGAAUGCAUACUCUGUGGAAUCAACUGGCUUUACUUGGCGAUUACAGCUCUGCACUUGAUAACACAGUUCAUUAAAGUUGCUUGCCAGUUCCUUGUUGUCACCAAUUUUCAUUGCUGUCUAGCAGCUAGGAUGAUGGGAGUUGAGGAUAGUUUAAAGAGGUACUCUAACAAAGUAGUGGGAGCUGUGUUCAUUAUCAUUGUGAUAAUUGUAAUUGUUGGACUUGCAACAAUGAAGACUGAAUACAAAGAAUGUGCAGAACCCGAGUGGCUUAUCUUGUCUAGCACUGAAAUUCUAGUUGUCCAAGUUUUCAUGGUCUCAGGAAUUUUUAUCACAAGGGAGCUCAACAAUGUGAGGAUGUUAGCAGAUAACAGGACUGCACAGAAAAGAGAUUUGUGGGGGAUAAUCUUUAUUUUUGAAGUGUCUGCCUUAAUCAGCCUAGUGCACGACAUUGUCAUGAGAGUCAGACCAAAGAAUAACUGUCAAGGAAUUUUUCUGUCAAACAAGGCAGGCUACACAGCAGUCUACAUCACUGUUAAUAUUACCAGAUGGUUGUUACCACUGUGGACGAUGGCAGCAAUAUUUGACACAGAAAAUAAUGAAUGCAACCAAGAUGAUUAUGUUGUUCCAGUGUUUGCAGUGAAUGAUGACUCAGGGAACUUCACCUCAGAAUUCCGUCCGAGAGGGCAUAGUUUUCAUUAUAAACAUUUGCAUGAUGAGGCUGAUGCCAUUGAGCGACCUUUGAUUCCAACUCUUGGCUCUCACUCCAAGUCUCUUUCAAGCAUGGGCUCAUCUUAUGGGUCAACCUCACAGAGCUCAAGCUCUCGGAAGUUAUGGGGUACCGGUAGAAGCACUUCAGAUAGGUAUCCUCCCAUAUCAUAACAAAUUCUGUGCAAUUUGCCAAGCUAUAGAUCUGAUGAGUGAUUUAUGAUGGCAGAAUCAUAGUGAGCAGGGCUCUCAAUAACAGCCAAUAAUAAUUAUUUAACCUGUAACACCUGGUAUGACUGAGUUUGUUUUCUGGGCCCUUGUUGUUAUGGGUAAACUUGCCUGUCAUUGGUACAAUUCACCCCAAAAUUAACAAUUUUGUUAUGGGUGUGAACAUCAAGGCUAUGGGUGAAUCAAAACUUAAUGACAGCCCUGGUGAGGGGUGUACACCCUCAUUCAGAAGACAAUCUAACUGCAUGAUUUUGUCAGUGCAAACUUUGCUUUGCAUGUAAAGCUUUAAGGGCAACUCAGCUAGGCUGUCUGGGGUCUACAUGUGUACAUCUACACGACUUAAUUGAAAUGUUAGCUGGGUGUGAGAAAGUUUGUACAUGUAUUAGCUUGAAGCUAAUCUAUAUAAAUGUUCUUAAAAUGGGCAAUUGUUAAAAAAUCGCAAUAUUUCAAUAUUUUCAAUGAUGUUAACAUUUCUUGGAAGUGUCAUGAAGUUUAACUUUUUAUUUUAUUUUUAGUUGAUACAUGUAUGUAACUUACAUUGUACUAUUUUGUAUGUCAAUGUGAAGCUUACAUUAUGCUGUUUCUGAGAAAAAAAGAAACAGUAACAACUUAUUUUGUAGAAAAAUAUAUUUGAGAAUUUUAAAUAAUCUGCAAGAAAAUAAUAAUUAAUAUUGAAGUUCAAUACCCAGUUGGGAUUAGUCAAUGUUAAUUCUUGCAGUCAGCAUCCAGUUUAAGUCACCUGUCAUUUGAUAAGGAAAAGUAAUUAAAUUUGGUACCUUGGCUUUAAGUAUGGUUGCCAUGACUGGACGCAUGCCAGAUAAUGUAUUUUUUGUAGACAACAUAUUUUAAUAUAUACACCACCAGCUACAUAUGGCUGGGUUUAUGUGGAUAUUAAGUGAACGGAUAACUGAUAAACAUUCAGCAUAAGUUAUUGUUUGCUUAGUCAACCCCUUAUGGAGAUGACAGGUUCAAGAACAGCUCGGACUGCCUCCCCCAUUAAUCUGAACAGUGACUGCACUAAAGAAAAAUUUCUAAACUAGAUGAAAGUGCAACAGAGACUUCCCGUACAUUACAGAGGAAGUUGAGCGUAUGUGUUUCAAAGCUUCCCUUGCCUCAGCACACACAAGUGUCAAGGGUAUUAUUUUUACUUGGUUGUUAAACAUAAAAGUCUUAAAACAGGCUUAACUGAAAGCAGGCUCUGAUAAGCAAUUUUACAAGCACUAAAGAAUGCAAAAAGUGUAUGAUUGUGUGAAAUAACUGCAGCAAACGUCUUGCACGACUGUGUCCAACCAAAAUGGCUGGACGUCACUGAAAUGCCCACCCAUGUUAUGUGCAAGAAAAGUCCUAGAAGGGCAAAGGAGCUGCUGCUUGAGGCAAAUGUUGAUCCGUGACUAAGGUCAAUGACCUGUACAUGUAGUGUGUGUAUUUUAGACGUUGAAAAUUUAAGGUGGCAUUGAACCCCUUAUAAAUCUACUGUAGUUCUUUCAGUAAUAAAAUACUGGGGUUACAAAGCUUGUUUCCAAGUUAUCACUGUGUAAGUUAUGAAAAUGUUUCAAGUGGGCAUGUUUACUUUUUUAAAAAAAAAAUUGAAAUUUUGGAACUCUGCAUUUGAACUCAUAAAUCAAACUUAUUUUGUGACUGGACUUCAUGUCACUACUAGAGUAGUAAUGGACAUAACUAAUGUCAAAUGUGUAGUUCCAGAAAAUAUCCAUACCUCCCCCACAGAAGGGAUUUUUUCCAAGACCCCCCAACCCCUCUGG